CCGGGACGCUUCGUUGGCCCCGCAGAGCCGGCGGAGCAGUUAUCUGUGGCCACAAGGAAAGUUAUUUGUCUCUGUCUUGGCAAGGCUGGGAGGAAAGUUUUAGCAAAGAACCUCAGCCCAUUGGAGACCAUGGAUAAGUACGAUGUGAUUAAGGCCAUCGGGCAAGGUGCCUUCGGGAAAGCAUACUUAGCUAAAGGGAAAUCAGACAGCAAGCACUGCGUCAUAAAAGAGAUCAAUUUUGAAAAGAUGCCCAUACAAGAAAAAGAAGCUUCCAAGAAAGAAGUCAUUCUUCUGGAAAAGAUGAAACAUCCCAACAUUGUAGCCUUCUUCAAUUCAUUUCAAGAGAAUGGCAGGCUGUUUAUUGUAAUGGAAUAUUGUGAUGGAGGGGAUCUCAUGAAAAGGAUCAAUAGACAACGGGGUGUGUUAUUUAGUGAAGAUCAGAUCCUUGGUUGGUUUGUACAGAUUUCUCUAGGACUAAAACAUAUUCAUGACAGGAAGAUAUUACACAGGGACAUAAAAGCUCAGAACAUUUUUCUUAGCAAGAAUGGAAUGGUGGCAAAGCUUGGGGACUUUGGUAUAGCAAGAGUCCUGAAUAAUUCCAUGGAACUUGCUCGAACUUGUAUUGGAACACCUUACUACCUGUCCCCAGAGAUCUGUCAGAAUAAACCCUACAACAAUAAAACGGAUAUUUGGUCUCUUGGCUGUGUCUUAUAUGAGCUCUGCACACUCAAACAUCCUUUUGAGGGUAACAACUUACAGCAGUUGGUUCUGAAGAUUUGUCAAGCACAUUUUGCCCCAGUAUCUCCAAGGUUUUCUCGUGAGCUACAUUCCUUGAUAUCUCAGCUCUUUCAAGUAUCUCCUCGAGACCGACCAUCCAUAAAUUCCAUUUUGAAAAGGCCCUUUUUAGAGAAUCUUAUUCCCAAAUAUUUGACCCCUGAGGUCAUUCAGGAAGAAUUCAAUCACAUGCUUAUAUGCAGAGCAGGAGCGCCAGCUUCUCGACAUGCUGGGAAGGUGGUCCAGAAGUGUAAAAUACAAAAAGUGAGAUUCCAGGGAAAGUGCCCACCAAGAUCAAGGAUAUCUGUGCCAAUUAAAAGGAAUGCUAUAUUGCAUAGAAAUGAAUGGAGACCACCAGCUGGAGCCCAGAAGGCCAGAUCUAUAAAAAUGAUAGAAAGACCCAAACUUGCUGCUGUCUGUGGACAUUAUGAUUAUUAUUAUGCUCAACUUGAUAUGCUGAGGAGGAGAGCCCACAAACCAAGUUAUCACACUAUUCCUCAAGAAAAUACUGGAGUUGAGGAUUACGGUCAGGAAAUGGGGCAUGGUCCAUCCCCAAGUCAAUGGCCAGCUGAGUACCUUCAGAGAAAAUUUGAAGCUCAACAAUAUAAGUUGAAAGUGGAGAAGCAAUUGGGUCUUCGUCCAUCUUCUGCCGAGCCAAAUUACAACCAGAGACAAGAGCUAAGAAGUAAUGGAGAAGAGCCUAGAUUCCAGGACCUGCCAUUUAGGAAAAACGAAAUGAAGGAACAGGAAUAUUGGAAACAGUUAGAGGAAAUACGCCAACAGUACCACAACGACAUGAAAGAAAUUAGAAAGAAGAUGGGGAGAGAACCAGAGGAGAACUCAAAAAUAAGUCAUAAAACCUAUUUGGUGAAGAAGAGUAACCUGCCUGUCCAUCAAGAUGCAUCUGAGGGAGAAGCACCUGUGCAGGACAUUGAAAAAGACUUGAAACAAAUGAGGCUUCAGAACACAAAGGAAAGUAAAAAUCCAGAACAGAAAUGUAAAGCUAAGAAGGGGGUAAAGUUUGAAAUUAAUUUAGAUGAAUGUAUUUCUGAUGAAAACAUCCUCCAAGAGGAAGAGGCAAUGGAUAUACUAAAUGAAACUUUGACCUUUGAGGAUGGCUUGAAGUUUAAGGAAUAUAAAUGUGUAAAGGAGCAUGGAGAUUAUACAGACAAAGCAUUUGAAAAACUUCACUGCCCAGAAGCAGGGUUUUCCACGCAGACUGUAGCUGCUGUGGGAAACAGGAGGCGGUGGGAUGGAGGAGCGCCUCAGACUCUGCUGCAGAUGAUGGCAGCAGCUGACAUCACCUCCACCUGCCCCACGGGGCCUGACGAUGGCCAAGUUAUUGUGAUUGAAGGCAUUCCAGAAAACAGGAAACAGUGGCGGCAUGAAGCUCCAGGAACUUUAAUGAGUGUUUUGGCAGCAGCACAUCUAACGAGUAGCUCAUUUUCUGCCGAUGAAGGAGAAUUUGCAAUGGGAACAUUAAAACAAUGGCUACCCAAAGAAGAUGAUGAAGGGAAGGUAGAAAUGGUCUCUGGCAUUGAAGUAGAUGAGGAACAACUAGAACCAAGAUCUGAUGAUGAUGAUACAAAGUUUGAAGAAUCUGAAGAUGAGUUGAGAGAUGACGUAGUACAAUCCUUAGAAAAACUUGCUACUUUCAAAGGGGAAGAAAAAACAGAAGAGGCCUCCAGUGCCUGUAAGGACUCUAGAAAGUCAAGAGAAAGAGAGGGGAUAAGUAUGCAGAAAUCUGAAGAAUUAAGUGAAGGCUUGGAGAAUAUUUCUACUACAUCUAAUGACCACAUUUGUAUUACUGAUAAAGACCAAGGAACAUCAACAAUCAGUCAAAAGAUACAAGUGUGAUUAUUGUACUUAAGUAACAAGUUAGUGUCUAUUACCUAUAGUAUUUAUUGGGGUACAAGACAUAAAUGCUCAUUUACUGUAAGGGUUUUCUAGUCAUCUCAAGGAUUUAUUAAUUUGUCUUUCAAUUUAGGAAGUAGAACUAACUUUUGCAUAUAGACAUUAAUAUUUUUACUUUAAAGUUUCUAUUAAGAAAUCUUAGGCAGGGCAGUCUGAUCACUUUGGGAGGCCAAGGCAGGCAGAUCAUGAGGUCAGGAGUUUGAGACCAGCCUAACCAACAUGGUGAAACCCCAUCUCUACUAAAAAUACAAAAUUAGCUGGGCAUGGUGGUGCAUGCCUGUAAUCCCAGUUACUUGGGAGGCUGAGGCAGGAGAAUCACCUGAACCCAGGAGAAUGGAAGUUGCAAGUGAGCCGAGAUUGUGCCAUUGCACUCCAGCCUGGGCAACAAGAGCAAAACUCGUCUCAAAAAAAAAAACAAAAACUUUCAGCUAAUAUAUGUGGUAGGCAGAGUAAUGUGGCUCAACGCCCCCUCCAAAACAUGUCCCAUCCUAAUCCCCAGUUUGUGAAUAUGGCAAAGGAGAAUUAAGGUUGCAGGUGAAAUUGUUUGCUCAUCAGCUGACCUUAAAAUAGGGAGGUUAUCUUGGUUUAUCCACGUGGGUGCAGUGUAAUCACAAGGGUCCUUACAAGUGGAAGAGGAAGACAAAAGAGAAAACCAGAGAGAUCGCAGCAUGAAAAGGACUCAGCUUGAUGUUGCUGGCUUUGAAGAUGUUGGACAAGCCACAAACUAGGAGUUCAGACAGCCUCUGGAAUCUGGAAAAGGCAAAGAAAUGGAUUCUUCCCUGGAGCCUCCAGAAGGAACACAGCCCUGCCAACAACUUAAUUUUAGCCUAGUGAGUUCAAUUUCAUACUUCUGACCUGCAGAACUGUUAAGAUAAUAAAUUUGUGUUAACUAAGUUUGUGAUAAUUUGUUAGGACAGCAAUAGAAAACAAAUACAAUAUACAGGUUCAUUCAUUUAACAUAAUCUGCCAUUUUACAAAACUGAUUUUGAAGUCUCUUGUAUUGAAUACACUUUUUUGAAGCUGAUGUUGACACAGGAAUAAGGCAAUUGAGCAAGAAGAACAAGGCAUGGUGUGUUAAUUAUGCACUAAAUGACCAUGACCAUUUUGUCUGAUAGUUUCAAGUGUAUAGGCUGAGGGCAGGGACUAUAUCUGGUCUUUAUAUCUUACAAUGAUCUUCUCAUAUAUAGUUAUUAGCACAGUACCAGAAAUGUUUCCUGAAUUAGUAAAUGCUAAAACAUUUCCUCA